AUGGCCGCCGUUUACAAGUCCCUCUCAAAAUCUUCUACGCCUAAACCGUCCACCAGCAACGGUGUCCCCAAAAAGAACAAGCAGCGGGUCCUGAUCCUCAGUUCUCGAGGCGUCACCUACCGACAUCGACAUCUCCUGAACGACCUCUACUCUCUCCUACCACACAGCCGCAAGGACGCAAAGCUUGAUACAAAGACGAAGCUCUACCAACUCAAUGAGCUGGCAGAGCUCUACAAUUGCAACAAUGUACUAUUUUUCGAGGCAAGGAAAGGGAAGGAUCUCUACAUAUGGAUGAGCAAGGCACCUAACGGACCGACUGUCAAGAUGCACCUUCAGAACUUACAUACUAUGUCAGAAUUACACUUCCCAGGCAACUGUCUCAAAGGAUCCCGCCCUAUACUCUCCUUCGACGCUACCUUCUCCUCUCAGCCACACCUUCUCAUCAUCAAAGAACUCCUUACCCACAUCUUCGGCGUGCCCCAAGGCGCGCGGAAAACGAAACCCUUCGUCGACCACGUCAUGGGCUUUACGAUAGCAGACGGCAAGAUAUGGAUACGAUGUUUUCAGAUCAGCGAGACGGCUGUGUCUAAGUCUGAUGCUGCGAAGGAGAACGGAGUGGAUGGCGCAGCGGUGACAUCGAAAGUCAGCAAGAAGCCUGGGGAUACAAAAAUCAGUCUGGUGGAGAUAGGGCCGAGAUUUGUCCUUACGCCGAUUGUGAUACUGGAGUCUAGUUUUGGAGGCCCGGUUAUCUAUGAGAAUAAGGAAUUUGUCAGUCCGAACCAGAUACGGUCGGAGUUGAGAUUAAGCAAGGCUGGGAGGUACAAUCGGCGGAGUGAGCAGGCGCUAGAGAACAGGAAUAAGAGAGGGGAGAUGGGGUUGAGGACAGGCGUGGGAGAAAGAGAGAAGGACGAGCUGGACGAGAGUGUGCUGUUUGCAUGA